AUGCUUCUCUUACAGGAAAGGACUUUGACAUCUUCAGCUUCUGUGAGCAGCAUGUGAAAGCAGGCCUGUUCUUGUGCAGAUCUCAGAUGGACAGCUGUAGUUAUUCAGUGACUUUUCCUCCACAAUCCUUUUCUAUUUCUCAGGGGACACAACCUCUUCACACACUCUACUGUGAUAAAAAUGAACUGUUGUCUUCGUUGAAAAGAAGUGGUAUAAGGUCCAUCUAACACAUGCCACUCAAAACUGUUACUUAAAGUCUACUGAAAAUUUUGUGGCUGGAGGAAAGCAGAAAGGAGGGACACUUGAAAGAAAAACAGAAGACAAUUGUCCAGUAAGCAGGUUUGAGAUGGUACUAUGGCUGCGUUUUAUGUAGCAGAAUGAGGAGCUCUGAGACUAAGCUGCCACUGCUGUCUGAUGAUGCCACCACCGUAUUGAAAACCAGAAAAAGUCAUUGAGCAUUUUUUUCCUGUAAAAAGUCUUCACCUGCAGAUGGAAGGACAGUAGAAAGAUGGAUGUCUUGUAGCCUGUUGCCAAAUCCUCCCACUGCUGAACAUCCAGCAGUACUUCUACAUGAUCCCAUGACUCUUGAUAUGGAUGCGGUCCUGUCAGACUUUGUUCGGUCCACAGGGGCAGAACCGGGUUUGGCAAGAGACUUGCUAGAAGGCAAAAAUUGGGAUUUGACUGCCGCCCUGAGUGACUAUGAGCAGCUUCGGCAGGUUCAUACAGCUAAUCUGCCACAAGCAUUCAAUGAAGGGAAGUAUCCUAAGCCGCAGCAGGAAACGGAUCCUUCCCAACAGGUGAACAAGAGUGAACGACCAUCACUUCAAAGACAGGAUGACAUUGCUCAAGAAAAGAGGCUGUCUAGAGGAAUUUCUCAUGCCAGCUCAGCCAUAGUCUCCCUUGCUCGGUCCCAUGUGGCCAGCGAAUGCAACAAUGAACAUUUCCCUUUGGAGAUGCCCAUCUACACAUUCCAGCUCCCUGACCUUAGUGUUUACAGUGAAGACUUUAGAAGCUUCAUUGAGCGGGACUUGAUUGAGCAAGCAACCAUGGCUGCUCUGGAACAAGCUGGUCGUCUUAACUGGUGGUCCACAGUGUGUACAAGCUGCAAACGCCUUCUGCCACUGGCCACCACAGGGGAUGGCAACUGCCUGUUGCAUGCGGCUUCCCUAGGAAUGUGGGGGUUUCAUGACCGGGACCUCGUAUUACGGAAAGCACUUUACACAAUGAUGCGAAGUGGUGCUGAAAGGGAAGCCCUGAAGAGAAGGUGGAGGUGGCAGCAGACACAGCAAAAUAAAGAGUCAGGGUUAGUUUACACAGAAGAAGAGUGGGAACGGGAGUGGAAUGAACUGCUCAAACUGGCUUCGAGUGAACCACGAACUCACUUCAGCAAAAAUGGAGGCACUGGAGGCGGAGUUGACAACUCUGAAGAUCCUGUGUAUGAGAGCCUAGAGGAGUUCCAUGUUUUUGUCCUGGCACAUAUAUUAAGGCGACCGAUUGUUGUUGUUGCAGACACAAUGUUACGAGACUCAGGAGGAGAAGCAUUUGCACCAAUUCCAUUUGGUGGAAUUUACUUGCCUUUGGAAGUCAUGCCUAACCGAUGCCACUGCUCACCUCUAGUCCUUGCCUAUGAUCAAGCGCAUUUCUCCGCUCUUGUGUCUAUGGAGCAAAAAGAUCAACAAAGGGAACAAGCGGUGAUCCCUCUGACUGAUUCUGAACACAAGUUACUACCUUUGCACUUUGCGGUUGAUCCUGGGAAAGAUUGGGAGUGGGGGAAGGAUGACAAUGAUAACUCCAAGCUGGCCAAUUUGAUUCUGUCUCUGGAGGCAAAGCUUAAUCUUCUGCACAGUUACAUGAAUGUAACCUGGAUACGCAUACCAUCGGAAACACGGGCUCCUCUGGCUCAGCCAGAAUCUCCUACUGCGUCAGCAGGAGAGGAUGUUCAGUCUCUCGCUGAUUCCAUGGACUCCGACAGGGAUUCCAUCUGCAGCAAUUCUAAUGGCAAUAAUGGGAAAAAUGGGAAAGAGAAAGAAAAGCAAAGGAAGGAUAAAGAAAAAAACAGGGCUGAUUCAGUUGCUAACAAACUUGGGAGUCUCAGUAAAACUCUCGGCAUCAAGCUAAAGAAGAAUAUGGGUGGGCUUGGGGGACUAGUGCAUGGCAAAAUGAGCAGAGCAAAUUCAGGAAAUGGGAAAAAUGGGGAGAUCAUUGAGAAAGUCAAAGAGAAGAAGUCCAAGUCACGCAAAGGAAGCAAAGAAGAAUCUGGCCAGUCUGCAAGCACUUCUCCAUCUGAAAAGACAACCCCCUCUCCCACUGAAAAGACAAGCAUUUCGCCUGUUGAAAAAAUGAAUUCUAAAUCCCCUUCAGAUAAACAGUCAGACCCAUGGAAGUACAGUACUGAUGUGAAGCUGAGCCUCAACAUCUUGAGAGCCGCCAUGCAAGGGGAACGGAAGUUCAUCUUUGCUGGCCUCCUCUUGACCAGCCAUAGACAUCAGUUCCAUGAGGAGAUGAUUGGCUAUUACUUGACCAGUGCCCAGGAGCGCUUUAGUGCUGAACAGGAACAGAAGAGGAAAGAGGCGGAGAAGAAGGCUACUCUCAAUGGAUCGUCAUGCAGGAAACUGGAUCAAGAAAUGUACUCAAAAGAGAAGUUGGAAUCAUCUCCUCAGGGAAGGGCAUCACCAGUCUUGCCUCAAAGCCAUACAACUCAACUGGUUUUAAAGUUUAAAGACCGUACUAGUCCCACACCAGGGUCAUUUUCAUCACCUAGCAAUGGUGCCAAGAAAAGUGGACCCAUUCCAUUGUCUGCCCACUAUAGCCAUACACCCCCUGUUCAGAGGCAAAGUGUCAUCCACUUGCACGAUGUCAAUUCCAAGCCAUCAAGCUUCCAGGAUGAUACCUACAAGCCGGUGGUUGGCACCUUAAAAACAUGUGCCACAUAUCCCCAACAGAACCGGUCAUUGUCUUCACAGAGCUAUAGCCCAGCCCGAAUAGCAGGCAUCCGUACUGUAAACACAGUGGAGUCACUGACCUAUGUUAUGCCUACGGACCACAAGUCACAAACAUAUACCAAUGGGUUUAAUACCAGUGACAUCAGAGACUGCUUGGAAUAUGCCGAUGAGGAUGCACCGCAGACCUGGUUGAACAAUGACAAAAAUCGAGGCAGGAGCACAGUUAGCCCGAUGUAUUCAAUCCAGCAGAACCGCUGCAAGAAGGAGAACUGCUCUUUUUAUGGUCGCCCCGAGACUGAAAACUAUUGUUCCUACUGCUAUAAAGAGGAGCUGAAACGCAGGGAACAAGAAAGCAAGGGGCACCGACAUUGAAGGUGAUGGAGCUCUUCCCAUGAAUAUUUAUUUCCUCCAUUUUCUUACUUGUAAGGUAUGUGGCAAUGGAUUACAGGAGGAAGGAAAGGAGAAUCCUGCAGAGGGAUCUGUUGGGAGAAAGGUCCAGCUUAUUUGUUUUUUCCCCUGCAGCAAUGAAAAACUAAGAAUUAAUUUAUCAUAAAGAGUUUAUUAUUUUCCA